AUGAUGCGGGAAGUCGUGCAGCAAGCAUCGCAAGCCAAGAAAAAGGCGUCCAACAGACCACGCAAGGACUCUGGGUAUGUGAGCGACACCGAAGCCUCCCGCCGUUACGACAUCGUCCACGAGCUCCUUGAGACGAACAUCGAGUGGGACUUCAUGUUGAAUCACCACAUGCCAGGCGAGCGAGCUGUCUAUAUACUUCAAAAGCCUCUCGAGGACUAUCUCAACCUUCCGAGCUACACAGACGAUGUCAGCGCCGAAGCUAAGCGCAAGGCUUUGGAUUACUUCUGGAGCAAGUUGCGGGAGCAGAGAGCGGCCGAGCUUCAAAUCUCGGGUGUUAGGGCGGCUGAGAUCGCGCAAAGCCUGGGGUGGUUUGAUAUUGCGUCGCUCAAAAGCCAGAAGCACAAAGCGGAGGCGACGAGGCAGGCACUCGCGCUGGCUCAGGAAGCGCAAGAAGCGGAAGCCAUCGCUGCCGCGCAACUCAAGCUACAAGAGUUGGAUAUCAACACUGUACAGCCCGAUACGAAGCCAGCGCCGAAGCAGCCAGCAAAAAGUGAGGCAACACAGCCCAAGAAAAAGCCACCCAAGAGCAAGAAAGCGAACAAGCCUCGCCCAGUCAUACCCAACAGUCUUCCACCAGUACUGCACCCCAACAACGUUGCUGCUGCAGUCGUUCAAGCGCUGUCAAAGCUAGCAGCUGCGAUUGAAGUCGAGAAGUCCUCCCUUGACUUCUUCGAAGAUCUAUUCGGCAACUCUCAAGACCGCAGCAACCUCAAGUGGCAGGGCUUCACAGCCGCAAUGGGCGAUGCCGUCUGUGCGAGCGAGCCUGCAAGUAAUCGAGCCACCGCGGAUGCGAUUGCAAACGGCUUCAGGUGCGUGCAUGUAUCUUAUGCGUUCGAGCACGAGCCGAGAGGACUAGCUAAACGUGACGCACCUCUCCUCCCUGCAGAGAGGAAAGGUCCGAGGACCUCUACCAGCCUGCCGUCAUGCGUUUCGAAGGGCGACCGUGAUACACCCAGCGAUCCUUUGACGCGAUUUCCUCCAAUCGCGGAAUUUCUCAAGUGCGAAGCCACGUCGGCCGUCAAAGAUGGUCUGGAACCGAUCCUCACCGGUGUGACUGCUAUCGACGGCCGCACCCCGUCGAUGGAGAAGGUCGUCGAUUCCGUUACGUUGAAGAUCCAGGAAGCCACGUCGGCCGUCAAAGACGGUCUGGAACCGAUGGCUGCGGCUCGGUGUGGAGACGAGAUCAAUACCGCCAUUCGCGACGGUAGUCCGUUGCGAGAUCUCGUCGAUCCGCGCAGUACCGGCCAGUGCAUGUGUGCUCAGCGUGGCAACCUCACACACCGUGAUGAUAUCACGUUGGAAGUAUCUCUCCACCUACUCUGCAGCGCACUAUCAGCGACAGCAAAGCCUGUGAGGCAACCUACUCGCCUCGUCCAACAUGAGCGAAAGGCAGCUCCGAAAGCAGACUUUAUGACCACGCCAAUGGAAAUCGCCAAAAUGAAUCUUAGCGGCCUCAACAUCGACAGCACCUUCAAACACGCCAUGUCUCCCUCCGACAGCGUUGCGAUGCCUGCGCCUGCUCCACUCGCGUUUCAACCCGCCAGAAUCGAGCGCAAUGCUGGUCAGGUUGAAUGCUUUGACAACUGCUUUGUCUGCUCCAAGCACUGGCGUCGCCCACAAGCGAUCAUCAAUGGCGAGGCCGCUGACUACAAGGACCUCCUCGAUGACCGCGGAGCAGAGGCUAUAGUGAAGAAGACACUCAUGGAAACCUUGGGCAAUUCCGCACACGUGAACGGCAUCGUCAACGAUUGUGGUGAUCACCUUAUCGACAAAUGGCGCAAAAUGCCCCGGAAUGAGCGCAAGGCCAUGCUCCUAGAUGCACAAUCAGGCAUGUACCAAGAUCAUGGAUUCCCCGUCUCAGCAUACCUUUCCGACAUGAUCGACGACCCGGUCGAAGGCGCGCGUCAUCUGCAGCCCACAUUCUCGUCGCCAUCCCUCACCCUCGAGAACUUGGUCGACCAUGCCAUGAACAUGAUGUUGCUCAUCCGCUACCGCACCGCAUACGGACCAGCAGAAUGGGUAUCCUUCGACUCCGCGCAGCACAACAACCACUUUGAGAUGGGAGUCCUCGAAGCUCGUUACAGUCCGCGCUGUGUCGUCAUGGAAGGAGAUCAAUUCGGAGCUUUGGUACCAUGGAACGAGGCCGACGCACAUUCCCUCAAGAUCAUGGGCUUUCCUCGAGCACUACUCGCCUUGGAGGCGGGUCUUGGAACGACUCAAGUCGCUAGAAGCGUUGUUGAUUCCAUCCUGAGGAAAUACCCUCUCAAGAAAGACUCACCACGCGGUCGUGUACGGUUCGAUGCGCUCACGAGUAAAGAUGCACUUCCCGAGGGUCAUCUCCACCAUCCCGCGUUCUCGGCGCCACCGAGCUGCGAUCUGGCCAUCAUCUUCGACUCUCUACAAUCAAGAUACGAAGCCGUUGUCGACGAGCUGCAACAGACACAGACUGAACCUGACGCGCUUGGCGAAAUGCUGGCGAUGGCGCAGCAUGUUCCUGACUCCACGUAUGGUGGCAAAAAUGGCAAGGAUGAGCAUUUGGUCCACCUUGCCUUGCUGCCAACACGACGAGCGGACGCGUGGCAGUAUCUCAUGGUCGAGCUCGAGGCGUCUUACAAGGAGCUGAAGAAGCCCGUGUCUUCCGGUGGUCGCAUUUCUCAAGAGUACGAUGCCGCUUUCUCGGCUCUUGGGCAUGUAUUGCGAGGAACCAUCAAGCAACUGCGCCGACAGCUUUCCAUCGCCGUGGCGUCCUUUCCGAAUUUCGUGAGGACGCUCAAACAGCUGGGGAAGCAGACCGAGCUUCGUGGAGAUCGUCACAAUCUCUACAAUAAGAACGAACUCCUGUUUCACCUUGUUGCCAUCGCCGAACAUGAGGGACCCGGCGCAGAGCCUUUGGCCUGGCACUGCCGCGAGAUUUUCAGGCUGUCCGAAGACAAGCUCAAGCGUGUGGAUCAAUUGACCAUGGAUCUUCUGGCAGAUCUCAUCGCAGUCGAUGGAGCUCUGACCAGCCUUCGAGCUCAUCGUCCUCGGUGCAGCCCGUUCCAAGAAAUCGUGGUCCAACAGCCCCUAUCCAAGCAUGCUCUUGGUUUCAACGACCGGUUCAUUCGCCACGGUGGGCUUCUUUCGCUCUACCGCGCCUGUCCAGAUGAGCUGUCCGCACUGCAGAAGCCCUUGGGAGCCUAUCUCGAUCAGCCGGCCUUCAAUGGCGAUGUGAGCAAGAACGGCCUAGACACCAUUGACAAGCGUCGCGCCGCGUUGGAAGCCUUCUUGAGCAAAGCACGAGAGCAUCGAGCAAAUUGCUUAAAAGCGACGGACUUCAUCUCAGGUCCGAUCGUAGACAACCUGAAGUGUGUGAGCGUGUUUCUCACGGAGGGGCACAAGCGCAGAGUGGAAGCUGAGCGCGAGGCUUUCAUUGUUCUUAUAGAGAAGAAAGAAGCGAGCGCCGCUGGAGUCCUCCGACCACGCGAUCCAAACGUCCCAAGACCUCGCCAGCAGGACCAGCGUGAGGGUCCAGCACGUCCACCAGGGGUUGCGAAGGAGAAGACUGUGGGUAUACCAGCCAUCGCUCCGCCAGCGGUGCACAACGCUAUAGCCAACGAUCUCGAGCGUCUGCGUCUCGACGAGCGAGCGCCCAUCGAGGUCAGCAAGACUUCCCUCCAGACCCUGGGCCGUCUCUUCGACCGCUCCCCGCACAACCGCAGCAAUAUCCGCUGGAACGAUUUUCGGGCUGCUCUGAAAGACGUGGGGUUUGUGGCGACGACGAAUGGUGGCUCCGAAGUCUCGUUUCGAGGAGGCAAUGGAUAUGGCACAAUCGUCAUCCACAAACCGCAUCCUGAAGAGGUCAUGCGCCCGAUGAUGUGCAAGUUCGUCGCCAAUCGGCUGGGAAGGAGAUUUGGGUGGACGGCUGAGAGCUUCUUGGAGAGGCCGAAGCCGGCGUGA